GAUUAGACACACGCAGUUUGCUUUACGUAAUCAUGUCUGCGUGCCUGUGAUAUAGUGACAGACUGAUACUGUGAUUAAACCCGGACGUUGAGUGUUUGAACUUGAUAAGCUUCUAGAUAUUGUUUGUCUCAUCAAUGGCCGUAUCGACGUUGAAUAUGACGCCAUACUUCACAGGAUACUCCUUCCAAGGGCAAGGACGUAUGAAUCAGUUAGGAGGAGUGUUCAUCAACGGUCGUCCUCUGCCGAACCACAUUAGACUGAAGAUCGUGGAGAUGGCGGCGGCGGGAGUGAGGCCUUGCGUCAUAUCGCGCCAGCUUCGGGUCUCCCACGGCUGCGUCUCCAAGAUACUCAACAGAUACCAGGAGACUGGUUCCAUCCGCCCUGGUGUUAUCGGAGGAUCCAAACCCAGAGUUGCGACGCCUGAAGUAGAGAAUCGGAUAGAAGAGCUCAAGAGACAAAACCCAGGUAUAUUUUCCUGGGAAAUUAGAGAUAAACUUAUAAAAGAAGGCAUUUGUGAUAAAAACACUGCGCCGUCAGUCAGUUCUAUUUCGAGGCUAAUUCGAGGAGGCAAAAGGGACGAAUCAGAUCCUAGAAGAAACCACAGUAUUGAUGGUAUUCUAGGCCCAUCAUCGUGUGAAGAUUCUGACACGGAAUCUGAACCAGGCAUCACUUUAAAGAGAAAACAGCGAAGAUCUAGAACUACCUUCUCUGGUGAUCAACUCGAGGCGCUGGAGCGAGCCUUUACAAGAACUCAGUAUCCCGACGUGUAUACUAGAGAAGAACUGGCACAAAAAACUAAGCUUACUGAAGCCAGAGUUCAGGUAUGGUUUUCCAACCGAAGAGCACGAUUGCGGAAGCAACUAAACUCUCAACAAUUAAGCGCUUUCAAUACUAUGUCCUUACAGUCCGCCUUUCCUCCUGUUCAUCAACAGUAUGAGCCUCCCUCAACAUUUAAUGCUCAAUGCGCUUCUUGGCAACAGUCUUAUUCGUCAUUAGGAUCGAGUUCGGUACUAAACUCAGCUUUAGCCCCUUCUCUGCAUCAAUCUGCGCUCACGGCGCCUUCGGUUUGCCAAUCAGCUAUUGCUGCUUCAUCUUUACACCCUCCCACGUCCAGUUCAUUUUCUUCAGGCAAUCUAACACCGCUGUCGUCGGAAAUUCCUACUUCCUCACAAACGUCCGCUGAUGUUACUCCACCUAGCUCCAGUCCCGCGGCGGCAAGCCCUCCAUCUGUACCAAAUCAAAGCAGUGGCUUAACCUACCAACAUCCUACGUAUCAAAAUGCAAACGACGUGCCUCAUCCUUAUGGCUAUGGGGAUUACGCGAAACAAGAACACAUGUCAGCUCAUAAUCAUUGGACUUCGAGACAACUCGGCAGUCAUACUCAGAACAAACUAGCUGAAGUCAGCGCAUGGCCAGAAAAUUAUAGUUCAUUUUUUGGUACUAACGCUUCUCACUAUGGUUCACACGCACACUCACCUACAGAAGCCAAAUCUGGAUAUCCUUACAUUGGACAACUUGGAGGCAUGGAUAUGGGAAGAGUUCAUUGAUUUAUGUAUCUUUAAAACAAGCGUUUGUAUACAUAUAUUGAUGUUUAAUUCAUAUGAAAUAAUUAAUAAUACUUCGAUCUGUAUAAGUAUUAGUGUUCAAGACAU